UCCAUCCCGCACGCCGAGGGCCUGCGCAACGAGCGUCGCCGGAGAGAUACGCCGCGAGAGGCGCGGCGUCGCGACGCUGGCAUGUGCCGCAGAUUAUGCCGCAUUGGCACAACCGUACGGCACCGGUCGGUCGACGAAAGUGCAUCCGCGACGAUAUUCGGCGAGAAACGAACCGGACGAGUCGAUCGCGCGAAGGAUAGGUUGACGAGACGAGGCGGACACGAUGCGCCGCCGCGGACGACGACGACGUCCGAACGACCCGCGAGCCGAAUAAAAAAAAAAAAUAAAGAAGCAUCGAAAGGGUACGACGAACCCCGGGGUUCGACGCGACGCUCCGGUACGAAUAGAAAAAAAAUAAUCAAACGUGCGUUACGCGCGCGUGUUCCCGUCGUUUCCUACCUGAGAGGGAAGCAGAGGCACGCAGGAUCAUGAACGUCCGACGGUUGCCCGGUUUCAUGUACCACUACAAGGUGAUCACGGUCUUCCUGGCCACGACUCUCCUGCUCGUCGUGUACUUGCUCCUCCACUGGGGUAUUAUGUGCACGAACCUCGAGGCAUGGCGUCACGUAUCCAACGUGUGCAGCACGCACAGAAAAGGGUCCGCGAUCGGAAUUCUGUGCGAGCCGCUGUGCUCGGAAAAGGGGAUUCACUCGCUCGCGUGCGAAACGCUUCACGCUGGCAAGGAGGCGGUCUUCUCUGCACACUGGGAAGGAACACGGCUCGUCUUCAAGGCUUCGAGGACGAAGACACCGGCGGAGCAGUUCGAGACGUUGUUCUGGACAGACAUAGCGGGCAACAAGCACUACCCGUCGGAGAAGGACUUCAGCGCCAUGAUCAGGGAUCUGGUCAUUAGCAAGCUGAACGUGACGCUGUCGCAGCAUCAAUUAGAGAGGCUGGCGCGGCUACGCACGCACCGGGUCGAGACCGAGCUGAGCAGACGGCAGCUCGAGAUGGAGAAUCUCUGGCCGUUGUUGCAGGAGAACGAGUACCUGAUGAGCAUCCUCUACGAGGACAGGGACAUUUUUCCACAGCUGAUCGGCACGUGCGGGACGUUCUACGCGGUCGAGUACGUCAGACCGAUCGAGACGCCCACCACGGUCCUGGCGCUCUCCGACUCGAAGCCGGAAUGGGCGAAACGGCUGAAGCUGGCCGUGAUGAUACUGGACCUGCUCGAGGAACUCGACGCGAACUUCUCGGAGCCGAUCUACCUAUGCGACGUGAAGAUCAACCAUUUCGGGCUCCCCCUAGGCGGUCAGAAACUGAAGUUCCUCGACCUGGACGCCGUGUUCCCGAAAACAAUCGUCAGCCGUAUGACGUCGGACAGAAAGAGCUGCGAGAGACACGAGGACUGCGACUUCUUCGACUGCAGAUCCGUCUGCUCGAAGGACAAGCGCUGCGAGUCCCCUGUCAUGAACAAUAAUUUACAAAUCGUGUGCGAGAAGAUAUUUCUCGGCUGGACUCUGUCGGGGACCAUAAUAAUUCCCGGACUGCUCAUGUCGGAGCACACCACCAGCACUCUGGCGGUCAUGUUGCGACAGUGUGCGAACCCGGCCGGUGACGUCGAGCAUUUACCACGCGCUGCGGUGCCAGACAGCUUGAAGACACGUUUGUACAAUAUGCUGCACGAAAUGGAACAGGAAGUCGCCGCUUCCGUGUAGACGUCUUCGUCGUUCGUGUGCAAAAACGGUGGUUUCCACGAUCCUGAAAAUAGGAGAACAAACCUUUGUACUGUGAGAAUAUAUGGAGAUGAGCGACCACUAGAGGCUAGUGAUAGUAAAUAAGGAUAGAGAUUGUAUAAAGAUAAACAACGUUAUUAACAACGAGCACAAAUAUGAACUACAUUCACUUAAUUGCAUUAUUGCUACGGUGUACGUACUUUAAAUUUACUCGAUAGGCUUACGUAGAAGCCGAAGUACAAGAAUUAUUAUUUUUAGUACCCGCUCGUACCGUACUUAAUACAUUUAGACGAAACCUGUUAAUUUAGUAUUGUAUCGUUAAUAAAUUUAUACCGAAAUUCUUCCUUUUCAUUUGUAGCGUCGUAUCGUACGUUAGUUCAAAUCGAUCAGAGAAAUAAGUUUAAUAUUGCGAUUUAAAUUUCACCAAUUCGAAGGAUUUUAUAUAUUUAAUAAAACGUUUCGAAAAACAAUAACUUACAUCUUCUGCAUUCUUUAAUAAAUUUUAUUUUCGAAAUUGAAUAGUUCUUCAC